AAUCUUGGACACUGGAACUCGAUGUUAUUAAUUUUGCUCGUCUAGAUCUACGAAAGAAAUCAGUGAAAUACCAGCAUGGCUAGCGGUCUAGAGGAGAAAGUGUCUGUCAGUGGACUGGAAGAAAGGGUAUCCAGAAUGGCAGUCCAUGGCGGAAUAGAGGAAGUCAAGAAAGGCAGCCAGCGAGAUAGUAGAGUAGUCAUUGCAGCCAUAGAUUUUGGAACAACAUAUUCGGGCUAUGCUUAUGCCUUUAAAAGUGACCUCGAUAAGGCCAAAGAUACCAAAGAAAUGUGCAACAUUUUAUCGAAGACAUGGCAAAGCGGAAGUGACGCAGGACUUAUAUCUCACAAAACUCCGACUUGUCUUCUGCUAAAUUCAGAAGGAAAAUUUGACUCGUUUGGGUUUCAAGCAGAGGAGAAGUACAAUAACCUUACCAAUGAUAAUGCUCAUGUUGGAUGGCGUUUUUUCAGGAGAUUCAAAAUGAUUCUUUUGAAUGAAAAGCACCUUAGCAAAGAGACUGUGAUACCCGAUGAUCAGAACAACAAUAUGGAAGCUGUAGCUGUUUUUGCUCAUAGCAUAAAAUACAUAAAAAACGAACUGUGGAAUCAGCUGCAAAAGACAGGAUGCAGCAUUGAUGCCAAAGAGAUCCAUUGGGUUCUAACAAUACCAGCAAUAUGGAACCCACGGUCCAAGCAAUUCAUGAGAUUGGCUGCAGAGCAGGCUGGAAUACCCGGGAACCAGCUUGAGUUUGCCUUAGAACCGGAGGCUGCUGCUGUUUACGUCAAAGAGACCAAGGUGGCCAAAGAAUCUGUGUCCGCUGAUGAACACCAACUAGUUCCAUUUAAACCUGGGACACAGUUUAUGGUGCUGGAUCUCGGAGGUGGUACCAUUGAUAUCAGCGUGAAGGAGGUUCUGAAAGACAGAACAUUGAAAGAAUUGCACCGGGCGUCUGGAAACGGAUUGGGAGGCGAAUCGGUUAAUAUCAGAUUCUUAGAAUUUUUUGAGAGUGUAUUUGGAAAAGAUUCCUGGUCGAAAUUUAAAAACGAAAAUGAGUACAAAGCAGCAUUCUAUGACUUAGAAAAUGAAAUAGAGCAAAAGAAACGGACUCUUCCAUUUGACAACAAGGGGAACUUGAAAAUAAAUAUACCACCAGAUCUGGUUGAAAUCUUUGACCAGAAUGAUAAUAAUUUUGAGGAACAUGUCGAAAGUUUGGAAGGACUGCGCUAUAAGUCAGGAAGGUUGUACAUUGACAAAAAAAUAGUAAUGGGUGUUUUUCAACCCUCUGUCACAAGUAUCAUUAAGUUAGUACGUGAAAUUUUAAAUGAUAGUAAUGUAGGCCAUGUGAGCGAUAUUAUGAUGGUAGGCGGAUUUUCACAAAGUCCAUUUGUCUCCAAAGCUAUUAAGGAUGCAUUUGCAGAUAAAAAUGUCAUCGUUCCAAACGUGGCAGACAUGGCUGUACUACAAGGAGCUGUUAUUUAUCGCCAUUGGCCGGAAGUAGUGCGCACGCGCAGAUCACCAUUCACAUAUGGAUCUCGUUUAAUGCGAUUAUGGCUUGACGGCGAUGACGUCAGUAAAAAGAUAAAACGAGGCAACGAAGUACUGUGUGGGGACCAUUUUGAAAAGUUUGUUACCAUCAACGACGAAUUUAAAGUGAAUGAACGAGCAACAAUUAGUGUUUUUCCUGUGGCAGCCGAUACAACUGAAAUGGCGGUUGAUAUUUACACAUCAACAGAGAAAAAUCCGCGGUAUACCACCGACCAGGGUUGUGAAAGGCUUGGGCGUUUAGUGGUACAAAUGGCCGACACGACAGGUGGGCUCAAUCGACAGGCGGACGUUACCAUGACAAUGGGGAGCACUGAAAUUACUGUAGAGGGCAAAAUGAUGCCGAAAGGAAAACCAACUAAAGUUACUUUUGAUAUGCUUAGUUCAAAGUAAUUUUUUUGCCGAAGUGUCUAAAACAUUGAAAUUAUUGUAGGUUAAAAGACCCCAAAAUAUGAUUAUAUGAUUUAUACUAUAAUAUUAACCGUUUUCAUUUUACAUUAUUAACAGUGAAAUGCUGUAAUUUCAGUAUCCAAAGAAGAAAAGUGAAAUUUAUACAUGCAGUGUGAAAGAAUAUCAGAGUGGUAUUUUUCACAUUUUCGUACCAAACACAAAGCACUGAAUACAUGACUUUGUGUUAUUAUCAAGUUUAUCUUGUGUAUUAUCAGAUAGUUAUUGAUAAGUUUUAAAUGUUUUUAGGCUUUCAAGUUUAAAAUUUUAAUGUAAUAUAUACAAAAGUCAUGUAUUCUUUGUGUAUAAUUUAGAAUAUUAUUUACUGGAUGUCAAAAUGAUUCAUUGUUCCAUUCAAGUUUUCAUCAAUACAAAUCUUUGUUUAGCACUCCAAAAUCAGAAAAUUACUCUUAAAAUUAAACAAAUUUUAUUUAUUUUCUCUUUCAUUUAAAUUAGACUCGUUUUCUACUAUGUACACUGAACACAAGCCUUAAUUGCUGUAAUCUGACUUAAUAUUGCGAAUACUUUUAAUACCCCAAUUUAUUGCAAAUCGGAUUAAAGCGAACUUUGAGCAUGCAGCCUGUGUUAUAUUUAUUAGCAUAUAGUAUACAUUUCUUAGACAAAACAUAACAUAUGAUGCACAUAGAACUGACUAUACUGGCCUUAAGAGAUUAGUUUUUUAUUAUUGUUUUAUAUACUGUAUCUAUAAAAAAAUUAAAACGUUUUUUCCAAGUAUCACCUUUAAUAAAGUCCUGUGCCAAAAUUAUGUUGAAUGCUUGAAAAAUUAUAUAUCAGCGUGGUCUGUUCUCCGUAGCUAGUAUCUUCUGCUUGACCAUUAAGGCAUUUGACUGAGUACUAGAAGAGUUUAUUAUUCUUCUUACCAGCCCCAUUAAUUUGAAGAGACUACGUGCUAGUUAUUGCUAAGGUCGGGCAUGCAUGAGCUAGACGUCCAAACAAGUUUUUCCUGAUAUAAAAAGUCAUAAAUAUUUUUAUUUUUUAUUUUUAGGCGGUUACUUUGUAAAUCAAUUGUAAUUUGAUAAGGAUUGGGGAUUCAAUCAACUUGAGAUAUACCUUCAUUACCAUGACCUCCAAUGUUUGAUCUGAUACAAUAGUCAAUAAGUAUUGUUAUGCCAUUAUAAAUAUCCUUCUAUAUAAUUAUUUAUUACCAAUAAAAAGUCCAACAAAAUAAUAGUUUUUGUAUUGGUCUUUACAAUUUCAUUUUUAUUGCUGGCCCACAAGGUCACUGUAACAUCACAAGUCGUAGUUUGUACAAAAGUAGCCGAAGUUAGAGAUAUAAGUAGGAGUAGUCGUACGUAUUUGAA